AGUCUCGUACUGAACGUUCCCGUGUGCUGGACGCAUUGCACCGAAUACAAGAGAGCUCUUUUCCCAGCUGCGGGUCUCGUGUGUUACACGGAAUCCCUGAGAGAACAUUUGCGGUGGUAUCCUGUUGGGGAUCCAAGCCAGGGGUUGCUUUUUUCGUGGCACAGCUGAACAGAAAGGGGGUGUGAGGAGUCUUUGGUGAAGAAAUGGCCAAUGUGUGCAGCUGCAUUUGGGGUGGCCGUUGAUUUUGCGAAACGUGCAAAGGAAGUGAAGUGCGGUCAGCGGCAAAAAGGGUACAUACAUACACACUGUGCACCGAAUGUCCUCGCCUGGUCAACCGCAUUGAGAGCGCACUUAAUUUAGAUAUUAGAGGAGAAGGCAAAAGCCAUUCGGGACAAUUAAUUGCCCAUUAAUUCGUUAUAAAGUUAUAAUUAAUGUAGAUUGAUUGUUGAUUCAAUUUACUCUCCCAGCGGUCAGAGAUUAUCGGAAUUAAUUAAUUUAUUGACCAUACUGUUGCUGCACAAAACUUAAAGUUACGGGAAUACGCAAACGGCGUGUCCUCAGAGACUCAUCUGUGUUGACUGUUAAUCGUAUUGGUCAGCAGUGGACCAUUUUACAAAUUUGACCCGCCAACCGGGGGAAUUUUUCAAUGAAAAACACCACAAACUGGUAAACACCGCACACAGAGAGUGAAUAAAUAAAUUAAAUUUCGAAAGAGGGUUGAAAUGCCACGCGGUGUGAGGUCAAUGGGUGAGGUUGCUUCAAAAUCGACCGUAUUACCAGCAUAAAAUCCAACAUUUUACACACAAAUUAAAAAAAAAACAUUCAACCAUCACAAAUUUACAAAUUAAUUCCAAAUUGAGAGGAUAAAUCGCCAGGCGCGGGAAAAAUUCAAUGUGAAUCCUUUUUGUGCGCCAAAAACUGUUCUCAUACCAAACCUCCCUUUUUUGGUGGACACAAUUGUGCUGGCUGGAAGUGAAUGUGAAAGUAAGAAAAUCAUACCCUCGCGCGGGAGUCAUCCACUCCAUCAACCUCUCAAGUUUCUAUAUCUCUCAACCAACCCCCAACCCACGCCCACGCUCUGUGCAGAAUUGUGUAAAAGAGUGUAAAGUUUUUUUUUCGAGGAUUCACAGUGCUUGUAGUGUUGCCAUUUAAACGCUCUCACGAGGUGCUGCCCAAGUGGACGCAAAGGAUUCAAUUACAUCCCAACUUAACAAUGGAAACGAAAACUCUUCACUGUCUCCUGAUACUCUUUCUCAUGCAAGGUUCGAUUGCUGCCCUAAGACUGACGGAAGUUCGCAUUCCCAAUCACACUGUUCGCGGAAGCAGCGCCCGGAUGGAGUGCCACUACGAGAUGGACGGGGAGGCUCUCUACUCCGUGAAGUGGUACAAGGAUGGCAAUGAGUUCUAUCGCUAUGUACCGAGGGACAUGCCCCCGGUGCAAAUUUUCCACCUACCUGGCGUCUCAGUCGAUCUUCACAACUCAACGGACAGCCUUGUGAUGCUGCAGUCUGUAAAUUUGUCCGCAUCCGGGAGAUACAGAUGUGAAGUAUCCGCAGAAGGACCCUCCUUCCAGACAGUGUCCGACCAUGGUGAUAUGAUAGUUGUUGCUCUUCCUGAGGAGGGACCUCGUAUUACGGGUGGAAAGCCACGCUAUCAGCUUGGGGAUGUUGUGAGAGUGAAUUGCACUUCGGGACGAUCAAAACCUGCAACGCAUCUUAGUUGGUUUAUAAAUGGUGAACACGCAGAUCCGUCUUUCCUGCGGAACUACAAUCUCGUCAUCACAGGACGUGAAGGACUGGAGACAGCGACUCUCGGAUUGGAAUUUCGUGUAAGGUCGAAGCACUUCAAGAAAGGCGACAUGAAGCUCAAGUGUCUGGCUACAAUUGCCACGGUGUACUGGAGGAGCAACGAGGAGAGUGUGGAGGGUGAUAAGCCCCAGAAAGCGCCAGUUCUCGAGUCGCGAGAAACCGUCUACGCCAGCAAUUCCCGUGCUGAUCGUGUUCAAGCAAACAAUUCCGGUUCGAUUUUCGAGAACAGUCACUUGAGGCUCGUUACAUUCCUGCUGACACUGGUUCUCACAACUGCCGGCGCCAGUCCAUUCCAAUCGCUCUCCGGCAGUGAUAAUGGUGCCACUUCUGCCACCAGGUAGCUCAUCUCGGUGCCCCUUCUCCAUCGCACAGCCAUCCUCCUCUAAAAGAGAGAAUUCACACCGAGUGAGCUACGAGAAAAAAGGCAGAGUCUGUGUGUAAGAGAAAAUUCGCCCCGGCACCAGGAAGGCAUCCCGUACUAUCCCUGCCAAGACGUCUUGAAUUGCAGGAGGAAAUUCCACGUGAAAUCCAUAAAUUGUGUACACCACAUCCCACUCCCCCCGCCCCUUCCUUCUUGAAUUUUAAUAGUGCAUUUUCCACAAGAACUGCCACCACCCCGUUAUAAGACAAAAUGAGCCAGCGAGUGUAGUCCUCGAACAAACCAAGUCCAUUGUGAAUUUAUAAAGGGAGGCACAGGAGGAGAUGAAUGGGAGAGAUCCUGCACCGGGAAAAAGAGGAAAGUAUAACUAUAUAGACGAUACAUAUCGACAUCUAUUGCCAAAGAACCUUUGUAAUGAUUUAUUUUCCUCUUUACAUUGUAACUGUAAUUUACAUGUAUCAUCUACAUAAAUAUUAUGAAUUUCUUUUUUAAAAUUCACAUUCUAUGCGAAAAAUUAACCCAAAUACAUACUAUACAAAUUGAAUAUAAUGGGUAAUCAAUGAGCAACAGUGGAAAAGACGUUGAGUAAUUUUUUUUAACCAACUUACCAAUGCAAUGAAAAGUUCCUUGAAAUCUUUCAAAACUUUGUGUAGAAACUUCUGAUGAAGAAAGAAUAAAGUAUCCUCCCACUUGGAAAAAUUAUUUAUUCACUUUAUUGGAUAAAUUGAUUUUUAACCAUGAUUAAACUUUCAAUAAUUGGCUAUUUAUUCCAUUGAAAUGAUUUUAAGCUGCAAUUUAUUGGAAAAUCUGUCUUUUUCUUCGAUUUUUUCAAUUUAUCUUUAACUCUAUCAAUGGUUCGGAUUAUAUAAAAAUGUUAAAAAGAUACGCACAAUAUUCAGGAAGAAUUUCCAUUUAUGUUUGUGCUGUUUGUGGUACAAAAUUUAAAAGGAGUUUAUUCAUUUUUCUUAUGGAAAAGCUUCUCAUUCAAAGAAGCAAACGCCUAUUUUUUGUAUAGAAUUUAAACAAGAAAUCACCAAACAAAUUUCAUAUUUUCCUCUGAGACAAGCGGGGAAUAGCGGACAAAAAUUAGUUUAAAAAUGUAGAUAAUGACGUCAUUAUUGCGUUUUUUGUUUUUUUUUUGAAGACAUAAAACGCAAAAGUCUUGGCAAAAAUCAUAAAAAUACUUUGUUAAAAAUAAUCGACGAAGCAUUAAUAUAAAUAUUUCCCACAUUGUAAGGGAGACGAAAAACACAACAAUGACGUCAUUUAUUUAAUUUUUAGGCAAGUAUCUUUGUUGGCUUUUCCUAGCUGAUCACAGUAGAACUUUGGUGAUUUCUUAUCAAUUUUUGAUUCAAAACAGAAUUACACGUAUCUUCAAUUAUUUCUCAAAGAAAGAGUUAUCUCAGACGUGAACGAAUAAACUCCUUUAUUGAUUUUUAAUUUUUACAAAAAAGUAUCUUUAAUUCCAUAUCCCAGAAGCAACAUAUCGAUAAAUAUUUUAUCCUCCUUCCGAUCAAAUUACUUCAACGUCUUUUCGCACAAUUUGCCCCCAUGAAAAAUCAAAAUUGAUAUCACAAAGAAAAUGAGGAAAAAUAAAAAUUAAUUUUAUGACAAAACAAUCUCUUUUGAGGGCAUUUAUUCUUAGUUAAUAAGUUGCAUUAUAUACCAAAAUUGUGAUGUUUUAUGAUAAAAUGAAAAAAUGGGAAAUUUAUGAAAUCAAUUUACUCUUAAUCUCUAUAAAAUUAAUUCAUGUUCAUAAUAAAAUAUAUUGAGAAAAAAAAAGAGUGGAUAUACCAAAAAAAUGAGAAAAAAAACGUGAAAAAAUAUUUCAGAAUAUAUUUAAUUAAAGUUGAAAACGCGAUAAAAUUUGCGAUAAAUGUAUCACUCUUGUGGAGUAAAUAUUUGUCAUAAAAAAAUGAGAGUUAUCAAGAAAAAUCAUUUAAGUUUUUUUUUGAGAGAGAGAAAAUUUUAAAAUGAGAAAAAUUGCGAGAAAUCGAUGAAAUUCUGAAACUUAUGAAAAUUUAAUAUCUUCUAUACAAAAAUAUUAUUAAAAUGAAAAAUAAAAGAGUAACUGCAUUGAGUAAAAUAUUAAAAAAAAAAAAGAAAAUGAGAAUAAAGAACCUCUUUUAUCUUGUAUAAACGUUUUGAGAACAAACUCUAACUAACAUUGUCAUUGAAUGUAAUUUAACUUUUAAGACAAAAACCAAGAGAAUCUAUUUGAAAUGGGGAAAAACAAUGAAAAAGUGUUUUAAAAUGUCUUUCUUUUAGCAUUUUUGAACGUCAAAUGGGGUGAUUGUAAAGAUGCCGCGGGUUGGAGGUUGAUUCCUCCCAUCUAGACCGUGGUGGAUAAGAAAGUCAUGGAGAAAGUUAUAUUGCAGAAGGAAUGCAGAAAAAAAAUCCAUUAUAUUGAUAUAUAAAAGAAAAUACAGAAAUUCUUGUAAAAAGAAGAAAAUAUAGAGAAGAUUAUUGUAAAUAUUGAGGAUGAAAUUAUGAAAUAAUAUUAAAAUGUUUUGCCCUAAA